AUGGCACCGAGUAUACCAAUUCCUACUCAAGGUGGAAUGUUUCAUACCUUUCAAGGAGUUACUCCUCGGAAACAGUCUACAGACUCUACCGAGAGUGCCAAGACGAACGGCAACGGCACAGCUAAACGUAUAACUACACCACAUGCGUGCGCCGAGUGCAAGCGUAGGAAAAUUCGAUGUGAUGGCCAACAACCGUGUGGUCAGUGCCUCUCGAGCCGAGCUCCCAAACGGUGUUUUUAUGACAAGCACCGCCAAAGGGUGAUCCCGUCGAGGAAGACGCUUGAGGCACUAUCGCAAUCCCUAGAGGAAUGCCGAUCAAUACUCAAGCGGCUCUUUCCAAAUCAUGAAGUCCAGUCGCUUUUACCAUUACCUCGCCAGGAACUACUUAACCUCCUUGACCGACCACAAGUAGACGCGGCUGCGGCACUUCCCUCACCACCAUUACACACAUCGCCUAUGCCUGGCGAUAUUGGCUCGCCUACUCUUUCCGGAUCGGAUCAAAGCCUUUCGAGCUUGGAACAAAUACCAUCCCGAGACAUCGAAUGGGACGAGGAACGCCGAGGGCGAGACCCUAUACCCGUCGAAGCAGACGAUGUUAAUGCGCUUUCUUUAUCGGUCGACCGCCAAGCAUCAUAUCUAGGUGCCUCGUCCAUCAAAGCCGCGCUGAUGGUAAUGAUAAAAGUCCAGCCGGGUCUCCGAAGCUCUCUCACACCACCACUCAACAGCGUAGAGAUGGCCCACAAUCUCCCAGUAAUGAGACAAAAAGCUACGAAUCCGAAAGAACCCCAACGAGUACCAUGGUCAUGGAAGGGCCAAACACUAAUCGACGCCUACUUCAAGAGAAUCCACGUAUUUGUUCCUAUGCUAGAUGAAGCUUCUUUCCGUGCGGAUUACCUCGAAGGACAGCGAUACGACACCCCCUGGCUCGCACUUCUCAACAUGGUUUUUGCUAUGGGAUGCAUUGCCGCUCUCAAAUCAGACGACUACAACCACCUGAACUACUACAGCAGAGCCAUGGAAUACCUCCCUAUGGACUCUUUCGGCAGCAGCCACAUCGAAACCGUUCAAGCCUUGGCACUGAUAGGAGGAUAUUACCUGCAUUACAUUAACCGACCUAACAUGGCAAACGCGGUCAUUGGUGCUGCUAUCCGAAUGGCCAGCGCCCUCGGACUCCACCGGGAAAGCUUAGCUCAAGGUCCCGCGGGCACUAGCAACGAAAUUGCAGCCGCGGAGACUAGGAGACGCACAUGGUGGAGCUUGUUCUGCCUCGACACCUGGGCCACUACCACCAUGGGUCGACCGUCGUUCGGUCGGUGGGGCCCUGCCAUCAACAUCCGCCCACCCGAGACGGGCAUGAGCUCCGCUCGAGACUCGGCCCAGCACGCUGGCAUCCUGCCCCUGAUCGAGAACAUCAAGUUCUGCAAGAUCGCUACCGCCAUCCAGGACAUGCUCGCCAUCUCCCCCCUGCUGCGCGCCGAGGACCGCUGCAACCUCGACGGCCAGCUCGUCAGCUGGUUCAGCAGCCUGCCCUGGCUGCUGCGCACCACCGACCCCUGCGCCGAACCCCUGUACAUCGCGCGCUGCAUCAUGAAGUGGCGCUACCAGAACCUGCGCAUGCUGCUGCACCGCCCCGUGCUGCUGAACCUCGCCAGCAGCGGCGCGUCGCACGCCGCCGAGCACGACAUCGCGGCCAUCGAGGCGUGCCGAGACCUGGCCAAGCAGACCAUCGAGGACAUCUCGCGCGAGUGGUCCCGCAACCAGAUGUCCGGCUGGAACGCCGUCUGGUUCCUCUACCAGGCCGCCAUGAUCCCGCUCGUCUCCAUCUUCUGGCAGUGGGACAGCCCCCGCGUGCCCGACUGGCAGAAGCAGAUUGAGACCAUCCUCGAGCUGCUCGAGGCCAUGGAGGACUGGUCGCUGGCCGCCCGCCGCUCGCGCGAGGUCGUCUGGCGCAUGUACGAGGCGUCGCGCCAGCUGGAGCCCACGCUCCUGAGGCAGCAGCAGCAGCAGCAGAGCUCCAUGCAGAGGCUGCAAGUGGCGACCGACCACGCAGGCAUUAUGAGCGCGAUUAGCGACGGCUCGGAGAUCCACAUGUCCCCCAUCGGGCUCGAGCCGGAGGGCUUCGGCGGCAUGAUGGGCAUGCUAGACCAGCACGGCCUGUGGGACCUGGACGGCAUGCUCUGGGGCGCGCCGGACGAGAUGGAGUGGGCCCAGCAGCACUUCGGCGGCAGCGGCAUGCACGACGUGACACCCGCUGGCAGCUGCGGGUUGAUGGGUCAGCUGGGGGCCUACGGCAUGGAUAAUUCGGCAUUUUCAUUCGUACACUGA